UGUCGACCAAAUGUUCCAAAGCCGGCCCUUUUUUCUUCAUUCCGAUCUCGUCGUUGAAACUUUUCCGUCACUUUCCCGAGAAAAUCAGGAACGAAGCUGAAAAAGGAAUAUAAGAGGAAGAGGGCAUGAAGGCGACAAAGACUCCGAUCCACGCGGUGUGGACAUGGGUGAGGAGGCAGCCGCCGAAAGUGAAGGCGUUCCUGGCCGUCGUCACGGGCAUGGCGGCACUGGUUCUGCUCAGGUUCAUCGUGCACGAUCACGACAACCUCUUCGUUGCCUCCGAGGCUGUCCAUUCCAUCGGGAUCUCUGUUCUCAUCUACAAGCUCAUGAAGGAAAAGACGUGUGCUGGAUUGUCUCUGAAAUCUCAGGAGUUGACGGCAAUUUUUCUAGCUGUUAGGUUAUACUGCAGCUUUGUUAUGGAAUAUGAUAUACAUACCCUUCUUGACUUGGCCACUUUGGGUACAACUCUCUGGGUUAUUUUUAUGAUCCGUUUUAAGUUAAGGUCCAGUUACAUGGAGGACAAAGACAACUUUGCCCUGUAUUAUGUGCUUGCGCCCUGUGCCGUGUUAGCUGUGUUGAUUCAUCCAUCAACCUCGCACAAUAUACUGAACAGGAUUUUCUGGGCAUUCUGUGUAUAUCUGGAAGCUGUCUCAGUUCUGCCCCAGCUACGAGUGAUGCAGAACACAAAGAUUGUCGAACCAUUCACAGCUCAUUACGUUUUUGCACUUGGAGUGGCGAGGUUCCUUAACUGUGCGCACUGGGUUUUACAGGUUUUGGACACACGUGGUCGGUUGCUGGUAGCAUUGGGUUAUGGACUGUGGCCGUCAAUGGUUCUCAUAUCAGAAAUCGUUCAAACCUUCAUCUUGGCAGAUUUCUGUUACUACUACGUGAAAAGUGUUUUCGGAGGGCAGCUCGUUCUCCGGCUCCCGUCUGGCGUUGUGUAAGUUUAAACGUAGAGAUGGUUUGAUGACAUAUACAUUUUGAUGGAAUUGGAAAUGAAAAUUUCAAUAGGAAAUUGGCCGAGGGAAUGGCUCUGAAUUGAGUUAUCGUGUUGUAUAUUAGAGGGUGAUUGUUCAGAGACUUGUGUGGUCGAUAUAUUCUACUGUGAUUGAGACCGUACUGAACGGAUUUCUCGGACCAUCAUCAUUUCAUUGUCGGAUCUUGUAGGAUCUUCGUGUCGUGGUCCAAAGCAUUAGUAAAGAUGCGCAUAUGAUACUUUGGUC